UUCUCGCAAACUCAAAGCCAAUCUCUAUCUCCUGGAGGGGAGAGAGAGCGAUGACGAUGACGAUGCUAGAGGGCAUUGUCGGUGUUCUUCUCCUUAUGCUUCUUCUGAUCCUCAUCCUCAUCUUCGUCGCCUGUAAACCAUGGCGUUUCUUCUUCUCUUCUCGUUCUCGCACUAUCAAGGUUGGUGAGCUUGAGAGACCCCUUGUUUCGGAUGAUGCGGAUCAGGUCCGGAACCAGGGUAAUGAAUUUCGAAGAGGUUAUGAUCUAGAGGGAGCAUGUUUCCAAAAUGAAGGGAAUUUUCGCUCACCCCGAACACAAGGACUUAUUUAUAAACCGAGGCUUCCCACCACAGCUCCCAAUUCGACUCAAGGUGACUUGAUCCUAGAUGUGAUUUCUGAUGCUCCGGAAGAUAUUUUAGUUGGUCAGACACUCAAGCGUCCAUUGGUGACACAGCAGUUAGUAGAAGAUCAGAAGUUUGAUAGACAGAUUUUAGAACAUGAUAGACUUCAAGAGUUUGUGCCCAAUGAUAUUCUAUAUCAAAUCUCCUUUAGAAGUGCAGGAACCUGCCUCAACCUGGAGGUCAUUUCUGGUCCUUCCCAGGGACUUCGUUGCUCUGUACAGUCAACAAAUUCUGCUAGGCUUCCUCUGACCCUUGGAAGGGUUCCUCCAAGUGAUUUACUAUUGAAGGAUUCGGAGGUGUCAGGAAAGCAUGCAUUGAUAAACUGGAAUUCGAAUAAAAUGAAGUGGGAGCUUGUAGACAUGGGCAGCCUUAAUGGAACACUUCUAAACUCUCAGCCAAUCAAUAAUCCUGAUUCUGGAAGUAGACAUUGGGGUAAGCCAAUGGAGCUAGCAAGUGGAGACGUAAUAACUCUUGGAACGACCUCAAAAGUAUUUGUUCAUAUUUCAUCUGAAACUGAGAGUCAGAUCCCCUUUGGGCUUGGUGUGGCUUCAGAUCCCAUGGCUCUGCGUCGCGGAGGGAAGAAGCUUCCGAUGGAAGAUGUGUGCUACUAUCAAUGGCCUCUUCCUGGGAUUGAUCAGUUUGGACUAUUUGGUAUCUGUGAUGGACAUGGUGGAGCAGAGGCUGCCAGAUCUGCUAGCAAGCUUCUUCCUGAGAUUGUUGCUAACAUUUUAUCGGAUUCACUAAAAAGGGAGAGGGUUUUAUCACUAUGUGAUGCUUCAGAUGUUCUUAAGGAUGCUUUUUUUCAGACCGAAGCAGGCAUGAAUCACCAUUAUGAGGGUUGUACUGCUACUCUGCUUCUGGUUUGGACUGAUGGUAAAGACAAUUUCUUUGCACAAUGUGCAAACCUUGGGGAUUCAGCUUGUGUUAUGAACGUUGAUGGGAAGCUGAUUAAGAUGACGGAGGACCAUAGAAUUUCUAGUUAUGGUGAAAGACUCCGAAUCCAGGAAACAGGACAGCCAUUGAAAGAGGGGGAAACACGUCUAUGUGGUUUGAACCUUGCUCGGAUGCUUGGAGACAAAUUUCUCAAACAGCAGGAUUCGCGCUUCAGUUCAGAACCAUAUAUUAGCCAAGUGGUACAAAUUGAUCAAGCGAGCAGGGCCUUUGCGCUAAUGGCCAGCGACGGCUUAUGGGACGUAAUUAGCGUGAAGAAGGCCAUUCAGCUAGUUCUUCAGACGAGAGAGAGAUACUCGAUGGAUGGGGAGAAUUUGGCGGAGAAGACUGCUAAUGUUUUGUUGAGUGAGGCUAGAACAGUGCGAACAAAGGAUAAUACCUCUAUAAUUUUCUUAGAUUUUGAUACUUCUAGAAUCUCAUGUAAAGCUGAAUCUUGAUAUGAGUUAAAAAAAGUUAAUAGUUUCACAGCAAUAAUUUUCUCUUCUUUUUC